UGAAAUGGUGGAAUCGAACUCAAAAUUCUGUGACACAGUGUUCUUCUCCCUUGGAUCAAACAAGCACUUUGGUUAUUGUACUGAAGACUUACUUAACUCGGGGCUUUAAGCCUAUUCACCUAGUCAUCUGCAGGCAAUUGUUCGUUAACAUUUUACUUUUCCGAGGAAAUUCAUCGAUAUCUACUUCCACCAAAGUUAUACUGAGGAGUGAAGCCAUGUCAACUCGACACUUGUUCUGAUCUUCAACUCGACACUUGUUCUGAUCUUCUUGGAACAAGCAAGUAGCUUGAUCGAACAUGAGAGGGGGCUGCGACAUCCCCUGUAUCCCAGUACAGAACUUCGCCUGCCGAGAAAAUUUGGCCAAGACAUAUGGUUUGCUUUCCUGCCGGAUUUUGAUCUCCAGCUUUGGAGUGUUAGACAUGAGGCGCGUGCUUCCCUGAGCUCUCCUUCCUUCUCUCUCUUACCGAGACAGCGCAGAGGAAAAAAGGAAAAAGAAAAAUUAAAGAAAAAAAAAAGGAAAAUGGAUCUACCUCUCGCCGUGUCCCUCCUGCCGUCCAGUCCGUCUUUAAGACCGAGCAAGAGCUCUCCACUCUCUUUUUCCUUUGCAUCCCUGCCUUCGCCCAUCCGUCUCCGUAUACCGAAAUCCGCCAUGCCUUCUUCAUCCUCAUCAUCGUUGCGUAGGAGGAGGCUUUCCAUUACCAAGAGCAUCAAGUCGCCUGCUGCCAUCAUCCAAACCCAACCAGAUGACAAGGAAGAACAGCGGGAGAGGACUGACCUUAAAACCCUAAUGCGGAGAUUUUGGAAGGUAGCUGCUCCAUAUUGGUUCUCUGAAGAUAAAGUUCAAGCAAGGUUAAGGCUGCUUGCUGUUUUCCUGCUAACACUUGGAACAACAGGAAUAAGUGUUGGAUUCAAUUUCUUAGGCAGGGACUUCUAUAAUGCCCUUGCAAACAAGGACCAAGAACAGUUCAUGAGGCAGCUACUUUACUACCUGGGGGGUUUUGCUGGAGGAAUUCCGAUCUUUGUUUUAAGAGAUUAUGCAAGGGAAAUUCUUGGUUUGAGGUGGAGAUCUUGGAUGACAAGCUACUAUAUGGAACGGUAUUUUAAGAAUCGGAUGUUUUAUAGAAUCCAGUCCCAGUCAAUUGUCGACAAUCCAGACCAGCGAAUUGUUGAUGAUCUCAGUGCCUUUACUGGGACAGCGCUUGGAUUUUCUUUGACAUUAUUCAAUGCUGCAGUAGAUUUGAUAUCAUUCAGUAACAUUCUUUUUGGCAUCUAUCCGCCAUUGUUUGUUGUGCUGAUUGUUUACUCAAUUGGUGGCACUGCUAUCAGCGUCUUCCUAGGAAGGGGACUAGUUACAUUAAAUUUCAUGCAAGAGAAGAAGGAGGCUGACUUCCGUUAUGGGCUUGUUCGUGUUCGUGAAAAUGCUGAAUCUAUUGCAUUUUAUGGUGGCGAGGAAAAUGAGAUGCAACUUCUGCUGUAUCGCUUUAGAAGAGCUUUCGAAAACCUAACUCAAUUAUUGAUUGCUUCCCGAAAUUUGGAGUUCUUCACGAAUGGUUACCGCUAUCUGAUUCAAAUUCUUCCUGCUGCUGUCAUUGCUCCUAUGUAUUUCUCAGGAAAGAUUGAAUUUGGAGUUAUCAAUCAAUCAGUAUCUGCCUUCAAUCACAUCCUUGGGGAUUUUUCGCUUAUUGUGUACCAAUUUCAGGCCAUCAGUGCCUUCUCAGCUGUUAUAGAUCGACUAGGUGAGUUUGAUGAUGUUCUAGACGGUUCAAGUACUCCAGGUUUGUCUGACCCCAAGGAAGAGAUUGCUCUCACCUAUAGUAACAUAACCCACUCUUCUAUGGAAGAAAAUGGAUCUGUGCCUUCAAAUGAUCACCCAAAAUUUCUGGAAAUUAGGAAUCUCACUCUAUGGACACCAAGGAGCAACAUUACUCUUGUUAAGGAAUUGUCCCUGGAUAUUUGCAACAAAGAUAAUUUACUGAUCAUGGGUCCCAGUGGAAGUGGAAAAACUUCUCUCUUGAGAGCGAUGGCUGGUCUUUGGAGCAGUGGAAAAGGCAAGAUCACAUUCUAUUUGGGAGAUUUGAAGGAGCUUGAAGAGACUGUUUCUUCAGAAACAGCUCCCGGUGGAUUGAGGAAGACAUUAGAGGAUGGAGUGGCAGAUACUGUAAUUAAUGAAUAUGAAAGCUCUCGGAAUAGAAGAUUUCAGGAUAUUUUCUUCCUUCCACAAAGACCAUAUAUGGUUCUAGGGACUCUCCGUCAGCAGUUACUUUAUCCAACAUGGCGAGAUGAGGCUAUUUCAACUACGGAUCAAAGUCAAUCAGUUGGAUCGCUGCCUUUCUUAUCUAGGGUUCCAAGCUGGCAGGAUGCCUAUAGAACUGUUGACAAACCCACAGAUAAGGACAUCCUAGCAGCCCUGCAGAGAGUUCGCCUCGGUGAUAUCGUAGGACGUUUUGGUCUUGAUUCAAUCUUUGAAUGGUCUAGUGUCCUUUCACUUGGAGAGCAGCAGCGGCUGGCAUUUGCUCGUUUGCUGCUGGCACAGCCAAAGUUGGUCUUUUUGGAUGAGUCAACUAGUGCCUUAGAUGAAGCCAAUGAGGCCCAUCUGUAUGGAGAAAUUAAAGGUGCUGGAAUAACAUAUGUUAGCAUCGGCCAUAGGACGACUCUACGUAACUACCACAGCUGUAUCCUCCGAAUAUCCAAGGCAGCAUCCGAUGGUAGUUCCGAGCGAAACUGGAUUCUCGAGCCAAAUGAUCGUGCCCCUACCCAAAAAUUCUAAUAGCAGCUGCACUUACAAGAUUCUGACCGUGUAAAAGUAAAGAAAACUUUUGCAUUCUUUGUUUCAUAUUAUCAUUUUUAUUGUUGAUUGUGCAAAAGUAUGUUUACAUUAUUAAAUGCGUAUGUUUAUAUUAUUAAAUGCAUUACUAAUUUUGUGCUUAUAA